AUGUUCUAUCUUUGGCAGAUGUAGGUAAUUUUUCGGUCCUAAAAUUGUUUAUAGCUAAUUGAAGCAAAUAUGCUAAGGAAGUCGUAUUUUUGGCUGCUGUUUCUGGCAUCAAGCCUGUUGAGUGAGGAAGCCUACGGAGGCAACCCACCAAACUUCGUCGUCAUGCUGAUGGACGACUUGGGGUGGGGGGACCUGGGGUGUUUUGGGGAGCCGGGGCGCGAGACCCCCCAGCUGGACCGCAUGGCGCGGGAGGGGGUGCUGGUGCCCGCCAUGUACGCCUCUGCCCCCCUCUGCUCCCCAUCUCGCGCAGCGCUGCUGACAGGCCGGCUGCCCGUGCGUAAUGGCUUCUACUCCGACAAUGACUUGGGAAGAAAUGCGUACACGCCCCAGGACAUCGUAGGGGGCAUCGCAGACGAGGAGACUCUCCUCUCUGAGCUGCUGCAGCAGGCGGGCUACGUCAGCGCCGUGGUCGGCAAGUGGCACUUGGGCCACCAAGAGAAGUUCCUGCCGCUACAGCACGGCUUUGACUCCUACUUCGGCUCCCCCAACUGCCACUUCGGUCCCUACGAUGACGUGACCACACCUAACAUCGCUGUGUUUAGGGACAACAAGAUGGUGGGCAGGUAUUACGAAAAAGAAUUCGACUUCCCUGGCCACGUGUCGAACUACACGCGUCUGCUGACAGAAGAGGCAACCUCCUUCAUCAGGGCGCGCGCUGCCGACGCCAAGCCUUUCUUCUUGUUCUGGACGCCAGACUCUACGCACGCGCCAACCUACGCUGACGUCCAGUAUGUCGGCAAGAGCGGCAGAGGUCGGUAUGGUUCAGCGGUCCAGGACCUGGACGCUGGAGUGGGGGCAAUCCUGGACGAGCUGGACCGCAAUGGCCUGUCCAACAACACACUCGUUGUCUUCUCGUCCGACAACGGCGCUGCCCUCGUCAGUAAAACGCAAGGCGGCAGCAACGGACCACUUCUGUGCGGUAAACAGACGACCUUCGAGGGCGGCAUGAGGGUACCGGGCAUCUUCUGGUGGCCUGGGACCAUACCAGCCGGUACCACUACCGACCAGGUCUGGACCCACAUGGACUUCUUACCCACUUUUUUGGAGUUGGCAGGCGUUGCUCUACCUCAGAACCUAACGCUGGACGGCCUACCGCUGUCCAACACCCUACUGCAUCCUGAGCUGCACAUUAGCAGGAGCGUGUUUCUGUACCGCGGUAACCUGCUGAUGGCCGUGCGCGAUGGCCCCUACAAGCUGCACCUCUGGACCUGGGCCACCCCUCCCCACCUCCUCGAAAUUGACGACGAUUUCUGUCCCGGGCAAAGACAACCAAACGUCACAACCUACAACCAAGUCAACCACACUGACAACCCAAUCCUCUACGAUGUCGUUGCAGACCCCGCUGAGCGCUACCAAAUUUCCAACACCUCGAGCGUCUACAAGACCGUCGUGCCUCAGUUGCUGGCGCUGGUGGAGCAACAUGUAAACAACCUGCAGCUGGCAGAGCCACAGCUCAACUGGUGCGAUGACGCGGUUAUGCAUUGGGCCCCCCCGGGGUGCGAGGAACUGGGGCGCUGCCUCACCCCUCCCCCCUCUGCACCCCACCUCUGCUAUUGGGACCACUAACCCCCGCCAUCCUUCCUCCUUUAUCAUUAUUUUAAUCGAAUUAUUCAAGUUAACAUUCGAGUUCAGAGCAAAUGCGCUGUGCUAAAUUUCAAAAUAAAAUGAUAGCAUUAUAAUGUGAUUAAUUGGGUAUAAAUAUUUGGAUUGGAAAUUAUUUAUCAUAUGAAUUUUUCAUAUAUAUGAAUCAUAUCAUAUUAUUUAUGAGUUAUCAUAUGUAGAUGAAUAUUUAAAAGUCAGAAACAAAAUUCAGAGCUUAAGGUUUUCUCUUAGCGGGGAGUGACUGCGUCAAAAAGUCAUAUUAUGUAUUCGAAGUUUACCAUCGUUGAACAUACAGCUAUAUUCAGCGAGUGAAGAUAUUAUAAAAUCAUUAUUCAAAAUAAAAUUU